AGUACUUUUAAUUUUUUUGUGUUGCUGAGGACAAGCUGGUGACUCCUCGUUACAGGGCGGCAGCUUCGAGCGCACAUGGACGACUACAAAAGGGUUGUGUUUCAGCUCGCAAAGCGGUUCACAAAUAUAUUCAGAACACACUAUGCAGCCGGUCUGUAUACCUCAGUGUUGUGUGCAGCCUGUCCGAGUGGUGAGAUGCCUUUGGAUAUACGGCGUAAAAAACAUUAUUUUAUUGGGUUAGGCUGAAAGGCUGUUAAAUUGAGCAUCCCACUGCUACUGUUCUAGAUGAAUGUUGGGAAUAUACAAGUAGACAAGGCAGUGGUUUUGGUUGGACAGUUGGAAAAACUUGCUGAUGAGUGGUUGGAGGUUGGCCCUUCCGUGGUGAUUAAGGUCUGUUCCUCCAUGGUUAUAGUUAGUUAGCUCGUAGAUUUAGCAAAAGCAGAGUGGGUAGCCACUUUGUCGACGUGCACAAUAGUAACUAACUAGGCACUUUUGCUAACCAUGCCUGGUGGGUUCUUCUAGAUUUAGCGAACUGACGUUAACUAGCUCAAUCUAGUCAAGUAGCCAACAAACAUUCAACACUGAAACUAAAAAGUUGAUUUCCUUGCUCAAGUAUGGGGAUGUAUUUACCGUGCCUUGGUGGACCUGGAAACGACUUGUUCACCACACCAGAUCGAGAGACAAGGAGACUUGAGCUGGCAGAGGCCGCUGAGAAGAGACAGAAAGAGACAACCUACAGGGGUGUCAAAAACCCCCAAGCAGUUGAGAGAAAUAAAAAGAAUAAGGAGAUGGAGAAACAAGAGAUGAGACCGUCUCCGCCUGGAGGAGAAGGAGGAGGAGGGAUGAAGGUUAGUCCUCAUAUUUUCAACACAGAUUAUGUCAUGUCACAGUCUGCCUGCAACUUCAGGAGUGGCAGGUAGGCUAAAGAUAGACAUGGAGAGAUCCUGGAAGUCUCAAUGUAGACUGAGGUUCAGCUAACAACAUGAAGAUGGUACCAGUUGACUUAAAGGCUUUUUUUUUUGAAUAUCAGCCCUUAUACUAGAUUUUUUAUUUUUAAAUGCAAGCUUUUUUUAGAGGCGAUUGUGUGUCUGCAUCUCUCAACUUCGUAGGAUAGUUUGCCGGGCUUCGACGCUGGUAAAAUAAAUAAAUAAAAGAUUCUGCUGCCCAAUGUUGGCCGUGUGAAUCACAGGACAUGCCUCCCUUAAUGCCAAGAUAUACAAGAGAAUAUGCAAGCCAGCCAAUGGAGCUUUGGAACAGACAGGGUGGCGUAGCUAUGAAUAGAAUAUAAACACUCAGAGGAAAUAUGCUCUCACACUACAUCGAUAAACUGUACCAGGCGUCUUGCAGUGAACUCUCUCUCUUUGUGUUCUCUUUGUCCUCUCGCCUUUCUUUCUCUCAGCCAUUUCCACUUUGCCAGCUUUAACACCAUGGCGCUUACUUCUUUUGCAAUUGUUUCAGACAUUUUGAACUUUGAGGAAUAUUCUUGUGAUCUAUUUACUGUAUAGUAUAUUUUCCUUCUAAAAUUAUUUUAUGCAACAAAGUCCUUUUUACUGUUCAAAAUAGGCCUAGAUGAUUCAAAUGUCAUUUUCUAUUGUAGAUCAGUGUGAAAAGAACUACGUUUCCCAUAGCUACUGAUGAACCACAUGUGAACGUUUUAGAGUUCCCGCACCAGAACUAUUCAGUUGACUUUUCUAUUGUAGAUCAGUGUGAAAAGAACUACGUUUCCCAUAGCUACUGAUGAAUGUUUUAGAGUUCCCGCACCAGCACUAUUCAGUUGACUUCACUUUAGUGUUUGAUUUUCAUAUGUCUGUGCAAUAUAAGUUAUUUGCUACACGUUGUAUUGGUUUGUAAUGUAUGAAGAAAAUGCUAUAUUUUAAAUGAGGUAAGAGGUUUGAGUCGUGAAAGCCUGAUGAAAGUGUUUUUUUAUGCAUGAAUAUUUCUUCUUUUUUUCCUCUCAUUUCAACCUGUUCAGUAAUAUUGUUGUCAUGACAAUGUUCCAGGAAUUAUUUUAUCCAAACAUACACCGGUGUCACAAUGUUCUUUCUUGGGUAUGCAGUCUGUUGUCAGGAUGGUAAUAGGACUACCGUUAUUCACCAGGUUUCAGUCCAUUUCAGUUCAGGAAGUACACUGAAAUUACAAUUAUCUGCAAUGCUUUUCAAUGAGGAACAUUUUUUUUGGAUUUACUUUCUGAAUUGAAAUAGAAUUGACCCCAACCCUGUCAUCCACUGGGGCGUACCUGUCCACGAUGAUAACUGCAGAUCUGUCAUCCACUGGGGCGUACCUGUCCACGAUGAUAACUCUGCAGAUCUGUCACCCACUGGGGCGUACCUGUCCACGAUGAUAACUCUGCAGAUCUGUCAUCCACUGGGGCGUACCUGUCCACGAUGAUAACUCUGCAGAUCUGUCAUCCACUGGGGCGUACCUGUCCACGAUGAUAACUCUGCAGAUCUGUCAUCCACUGGGGCGUACCUGUCCACGAUGAUAACUCUGCAGAUCUGUCAUCCACUGGGGCGUACCUGUCCACGAUGAUAGCUCUGCAGAUCUCAGAAGGAAAUGGGAAGAGAGCCUGAACCAGCAGGUGUUAUUGUGCACUUGGAAGUAUUGCAUUUAUACCUGCCUUGCUUUUUAUACUUGAGGUUUCUUCUUCCUAUACCCACCUAGUGCUUCAAAGGCUCUUGCCACUUUGAGGUGCAUGAAGUCACGCCAAUGUCAUUUUGUUGAAAUAAAGUUGUCAGAUGACUGUU